CGAUCGAUCAUUCACAUAGCACGAAUCUGACCCUGCCACCAGCAUCUGCUUUAAUCUACAAGCGCGCAUCCACGUAUAACUAAGCCUUGCUAGAAAUACCUACUCUUCGAGUUCGCCUACGAUGUCGGAACGCAAAGUACUACAGAAAUACUAUCCUCCCGACUUUGAUCCGAGCGCUCUUCAGCGUCGCCGUGGUCCCAAGAACGCUGGACCUCGCAUUCAGCAGGUUCGCAUCAUGUGUCCAUUUACUAUGCGAUGCACGCGAUGUGGCGCUUUCUCGAAUCGCGGUUUGAAGAAGAACGCUCGCAAGGAGACUCCACCGGACGAAAAGUACCUAGGAAUACAGAUCGUUAAGCUCAGUUUUCGAUGCUCGUCCUGCAGCUCAGAAAUCAUCAUCAAGACCGACCCGAAGAACCAAGACUACGUUGUAGUCAGUGGAGCGGUGAGGAACAAUGAGCCGUGGAGGAAUCGCGCGGCUGAGGAAGAAAACGUCGAACAGCGUCUGGACAGGUUGGAAAGAGAAGAGGCAGAAGCCGCAGGCGAGGAAGAGUUGGACAAGAUGGAAGAGCUGGAAGCCAAGAACCAGGAUGCUCAACGAGAGAUGGCCGCCGCUGAUGCCUUGGAUGAAAUCCGCCACAGAAACGCUCGCAUCAACCGAUCCGAGAAAGAAGGUGUGGAUUUCGUAGAUACUAUCGUACGAACAGAGGACGAAGAGAGAAAACAACAGGAAAAGGAGGACGAAGAAGCUGCCAAGGCGGCAUUCGCUGCGGCACGAGCCCAGGUGGAGAGUUCUGCAAAGAUUGCUGAGCCAGAAGAUGCUCCUGUCGAGCCGCAAGCCCCAGCACCUACCUUCAAGAGGGCGGUUAAAAAGAAGAAGGAUCAUGCAGCUGCUCUGGGACUGAAAAAGAAAUCGUCAUAAGGGAAUGGCAAUGGUCAAGAGAGACUAGAUUAUUACUCGUAUAAUGAUGGUGUAUUUUGGCGCAAGCGUGGGGCUUCAUUAUAUUCAGUUCACCAUCAAUGGGAGAAUUUUGAUGACAUAAUUCGUUCAUAUAUCAUUUCGCUAAUCGCAGCAAAUAGCUAUAGAGCUAUAUCCUUUUCCUCCAC